AACUUUUGUCUGUUCUGCUCACUUCUGGGGUGUAUCUAGGAUAAGGAGCACAGAGGUAUAGGUUCAGGAUGGUGCAGCGUGUCGCAGUGAUCGGGGCUGGUCCCUCUGGUCUGACCAGUGUGAAGGAGUGCCUUGAUGAGGGCCUGGAACCAACCUGCUUCGAGAGCAGUGAUGACAUGGGUGGACUCUGGAAGUUCAAGGAGGUUUCAGAGCCAAACAGGGCCAGUAUCUACCGCUCUCUUACCAUAAAUAUCUCCAAAGAAAUGAUGUGCUUUAGUGACUUUCCAAUCCCUGCUGACUACCCAAACUACAUGCACCACUCAAAAAUCCUACAUUAUUUAAGGAUGUAUGCUGAACAUUUUAAAGUACUACAGCAUGUUCGAUUCCAGACCUCUGUGAAAAGUGUAAAACAGAGACCUGACUUCACCAGAACUGGACAAUGGGAAGUUAUCACGGAGACCAAAGAUGGCCAAGAGGAGAGACAUGUUUUUGAUGCAGUAAUUUGUUGCUCUGGUCACUACACAUAUCCCAAUCUCCCGCUAAAAGACUUUCCAGGAAUUGAGACAUUUGAGGGAAAGUACUUCCACAGCUGGGACUACAAAGGCCCUGAAGGCAUGGAAGGAAAGAGAGUGGUGGUGAUUGGCAUUGGGAACUCUGGAGGAGACAUUGCAGUGGAGUCCAGCAGAUUUGCAGAGCAGGUGUACAUGAGCACUCGGCGAGGUGCCUGGGUCAUUCGGCAGGUGUCAGACAACGGACUCCCAGUCGACAUGAAAUACAACACCCGAUUUGUCCACAUUCUCUUCCAGCUUCUACCAAUGAGUGUCUUGAACUGGAUUGGAGAGGGCAAACUCAAUGCCAUGUAUGACCACACCAUGUACGCUCUGAAACCCAAGCAUCGGCUGUUCAGUCAGAUUCCUGUGAUAAAUGAUGACCUGCCCCUGAAAAUCCUGUCUGGCUCUGUCAUCAUUAAACCAAAUGUCAAAGAAAUCUGUGGAUCCAAUGUCAUAUUUACUGAUGGCUCUGUUGUUGAAAAGGUUGACAUAAUUGUUUUUGCUACAGGCUACAACUAUGACUUCCCAUAUUUGCCCAAAAAAGUUAUGUACAGAACUGGCCAUCGCGUUGGCCUGUACAAACAUGUGUUUCCCCCGACCCUUGAGCACCCGACUUUGGCUGUGGUUGGAUUCAUCCACGCCCUGGGAGCCAUUAUGCCCCAGGCAGAAAUGCAGGCACGCUGGGUUACACGGGUGUUUAAAGGCCUUAAAAAGCUUCCUCCAACCCCAGCAAUGGUAAAGGCUGUGGAGAAAGACACUAAGGACAUUGAAAAUAACUACGUAGUGUCCAAGCUGACCCCAUUGCAAGUGGAUUUCGUUUCCUACAUGGAUGAUCUCGCCGGGGAGAUUGGAGUGAGGCCAAGUCUACUGUGGCUCUUCUUCACAGACUAUUCCCUGUUUAAGAAGGUCCUGUGGGGUCCUGUCACUGCCUAUCAGUACCGCCUCGUAGGACCCGGGAAGUGGGAUGGAGCACGCAGGGCAAUCUUCACCCAGUUUGAUCGCAUGUACCAAGCUCUCAAGACAAGACAGGUUGAAGAAGAGUCAGACGUAUCCUACUUUGGGAGACUGAUGAAGCUGACUAUGGCUGUGAUGGCUGGUGGAGCUGCUGUGUAUUACGUUCAUAAUCGCAAUCCAGACACCAUGCCCAGCCUGAUUUCAAAGAUCCGCUCAAUAACUUUCUGAAACAAUUGCCCGAGAAAGUGAAAGUUAUUAUUGUUUGCCUUAUUUGUUUUAUAGGCUGUGAUUUGCAUGGAUAGAAUGUUGAUUAUGUUGUACGCAAGACUGUAAAAUCAUGACCAAUCUUUUAUUAUAUUACCAUACAUUUUAACAUACUCUACGCUAUAUGUUGCUCAUGUGGGAAGUUAUGAGUGUGACCCCACUUUAUUUAUCACAUGAUAAAAAGAUUCCUAACACAAG